AUGUGCCACUUUCAGGUCUCCUCACACACUGCUGGUGUGUUGAAUUUUUUGACAUAGGGUGCUGGCAGAUUACGGGGCCUCCCAUAGCUGCUGCCAGGCCCCUAAUCUGCCAUGGGCCCCUAUACCGCCUCCUCAUGCUGCUGCCAGGUCCACAGUCUCUCAUGCCAUGUGCCACUUUCAGGUCUCCUCACACUGCUGGUGUGUUGAAUUUUUUGACAUAGGGUGCUGGCAGAUUACGGGCCUCCAUAGCUGCUGCCAGGCCCCUAAUCUGCCAUGGGCCCCUAUAUACCGCCUCCUCAUGCUGCUGCCAGGUCCAGAGUCUGUCUGUCAUGGGUCCCUGUACGGCCUCCCAUUGCUGCUGUCUCCAUUGCCACACUCUGCCAUGUGCCACUUUCAGGUCUCCUCACACACUGCUGGGUUCCAUUUUGUCAUAGGGUGCUGGCAGAUUACAGGCCUCCCAUAGGUGCCGCCAGGCCCCAAAUCGGCCAUGGGCCCCCGUACCGCCUGGUCACGCUGCUGCUGAGCCCACAGUGUGACCUGGGUCCCUGUACGGCCUCCCAUUGCUUCCACUCUGCCAUGUGCCACUUUGAAAUCUCCUCA